AUGCUCGAAGGGAAACGUCCAAGAUAUAAUCCUGAUAAACGAAAACCUACCAUCAUUCGGGAAAUGAUGAAAAGCAGGGAUAGAUGGUUUUCAGUGAUCUCUGGAAAUAACACUGCAGGCAGUGCGAGAGUAUAUCGGAGGGUGGAGACGCUGGUCCGAGCGGGAGUCCCAGCUUUCCUGCUAGCAGCACCCUUGAGAGCUUACACGCUCACUCAUUCGAAAAUGGAAAAUGGGAAUCUUCGCGCCCAUUACACGAAGACAACCAUAAGAGCUGGUGAGGUUCUUCGUCUCAUAGCGGUCUUCCAGGAUACCAGGAAGUACACGUCGAUGUCCUUCGGAUUGUCUGGCAGUUCCUCGGAGAGAGAUCAGUACGCGCAAUGUUUGGAUUGUCAUGGAAGAGAAGUCUUCGCCCCGUUGACAGCCAGGGGCGAGUUUUAUGCGAUCUGCCAUAAUGGAUGCGGAGAUACCGGAAGUGACGCGGUCCUUUACAGGGUCCACCAUCUUGCCAAAAGGCCGCUACCUCUCAGAGUGAAAUUAAUAGCGGGACCGCUUCCGGUGCCUUUACCUAGAGAGUACGGAGGCCUUAUGCAGCUGGAGACUUCAACGCGUGGGCCAAUAGUGUUGGGCUGUAUCGUCCCGGAAAGACCGGUCCACAAUCCGGAAAUGCUGGAACUCGUGGUCUCCGGAAAUGGUGCUCCCAGGGUCAGAAGAGCCCGACUUGGAUAUCCCUCGGAGGCGAGAUUGCUGGCCUCGCCGAAGAUGCAACGAUUAUUGUCCGCGUGCAGUCGAGCAGUCGGGGACCGUGCGACCGAGCCAAGAGUAGCACCUUUGAAGAUGCAGCCCAGCACCGAGGAGCUGAAAGAGAUGCAUCUGAAGAAGAUUAAACCGAGACACGAAACGAAACCUAUUCUGCAGAGUCUUAGGGACGGCUUGGAGCAUCUGAAGAAGACUACUUCCAGAGAGAGAAGUCAAACGAGACAGAACUCAGGGAGCGGUUUCCUGGACAAGAUCUCAAAAUUCACUCAGGCUGGCCGAAGUCGCAAUCCAGCAAAGAAGUCCGCCUCCUUCACCUUCGCAGUCAGGCCGGAAAUCGCGAUGAAAUCGCGCGAAAGAUAUUCCAGCUUAGAACCAGAAUCCACGUCGCAGACUAGUCAUGCCAACUCGUCAAAACCGCCGGUUCAAAGAUCGGUCUCUACUAGCGUUCUCGAAGUUCCUGCAAACGUCGAACUUCAGCCCAAUUAUUCAAGAGUCAGGGACAGUCUGACGCCUUUACCACCUUCUCCAAAAUUCACGCCGGCGAAGACCGAGGGCAUUUACGCGGAGAUCUGCGAGAACGCCGUAGGACAAAGUGUUCAGAAGUGUCCCGGUAGUCACGUCAUGACUAGGAUUAAGAUCAUCGUAAGACACGGGGAUUCUUAUACGCAAGGAAAUAUGAUUAACGAGGAGAGGUACGACUCCGUUAUAUCCAGUCAUCAGAUCGACUCGAUCAUCACUACGGAGGACGAAGUCAUUUAUAAUACGAUAUUUUGAGCCAUAUUGGUGCACGCUCCUUUCUCCAUUUUCGGAGCUCCUCCGCGUUAACCAACAACGUUAACCACGUCCUCCGGAAUUCGAUAUAGUUCUAUAAUUCGCCAUUUUUUUAUUGUAAUGGCGUAUUGUAUUAAGAGAGUGCCGCAAUAGGAGUCUUGCAAAUUGCACCGGACAGUUUUCGCUCGAAACAUUCUAUCGAUGUUCAGGUAGACCUUUAUGUCAUUUUUUCGACAAU